CAGAGAUUGAGACUGAAGCAUCACACUCAUGUUUUUUCUGUUUUUUCUGUAUAUAUGUAUAUAUCUCUAUAUCUUUCACUGUGUCACAUAAUCAGUGACUUUAAACUGCAGAAAAUAUUUACUUGUCAAUUGAUCUAUUCAUAACUACGCUGCGUACACAGCAGAGGAGUUAACUAUAACUAAGACAAGGAGAUGAUUGAAUAUGGAAUCCAAUUUCUAAGCAUCUAAACACCGAAACCAAUGUCUGACGGGAGAAUCUCGCCAACCUGGAAAAUAGAUGCCUGCCGAGAAAAUUCUCACGAUGCCCGCCGAGAGCAAGCCUUACCACCCCUUCGGCUGGUGUUCACAUCCCCAGCCCAAGUAUCCUCCUCAAAACGAGGAUGUUACUACUACUACCUACGAGGUCAUCGUUCCGUCACAACCACCAACUGGAAUUCUAUCCAUCAGACUCCACCCCGCUGGUCGCCUGGCGAUACCAGAGCCGUGCGAAGGAUCGCGUUACCAACCAGUAGUAGCGGGGAAUAACCCAUGGCUGGCUUAUGCGAUCAUGGAAUAUGAACAGUUCCAGAUAUCCGCUGAAUCGCAUUAUUGCUACAAUGGCCGAAUCGGGUGGUCCAACCCGAGAACAGGGUACCGCGCGUCGGAUGGGAGGUACAUGUACAAGUUUGAUGUUUCGACUACCUCUUCCGAGCUGGCUGUGCGCAUGUUUGCCAGGCGCUCUGAUGCUGAAGCGGGACUCCAGACUGUCUCCUUGGGGUCUGUCAUGGUGAACCCGUUCACGGAAAACCGGCCUCGCGAUAGGCAUGGUUACGAGCCCAUACCUGUGCAGGGUGGCACGGGGAAAGUGCCGAUCGAUAUUUCCUAUCUCGAGAAGAAGGUACCGCCGUUGGGCGACACGGAGGUUUGGUGCGUCUACGGCGAGAUGGGUUCGAGUGAUCUGGUCUAUGUAGAGAAGCUAGACACCGACAGAAGCUACGGCAUGAAGACCAUUCCCAUAGUCGUAGACGUUACCCACGAGUCCAAGCUCACUCAUCGCGUCGAACACCCGUUCAUCGCUCCGCUCAAAUUCGCUUUCAAGUCGUCCAAGGGACUGAGCCUCCUUUCACCGUUGGCUAGCGGAGGGCCGCUUUCUCAUCACCUCCAGCGGGUGCGGCGGUUCGAUGUUGGCCUAGCUAGAUUUUAUGCUGCGGAGCUCCUCUGUGUACUGGAAUAUCUGCACGACAACCAUAUUAUUCUCGCACAUCUGAAUAUGGAGGAUGUCUUCUUGGAUUCACCUGGACACCUCAGCCUGUGCAAUCCUAGUCUUUUCAGUCUGGAGGUCCAGGACGGUGAUACAGUUGUGCCAGGAACAUCAGCGUACCCAGCCCCUGAGCUUGUCAGCAACAACCAAGUCGCUUCCCAGACGGCGGAUUGGUGGGCUUUGGGCAUCUUUCUCUACGAAAUGUUGACCGGAUUACCUCCAUUCUACGGUCAGGAUGCCAAUAAGCGACGACUCAAGAUAAGUAGAGACCCGGUACGUCCUGAGGGACUCCCACCGAUAGCCAAGGACAUUUUGAUCAAGCUGCUCGAAAAAAAUCCACUGAACCGCUUGGGGGCAAAGAAUGGGACCUCUGAAAUAAAAGACCACCCGUUCUUCAAAGGCACCAAUUGGCACGAUCUCCUCCAGCGGAAAUAUACAACUCCUUUCAAGCCCCAUGACGCGGCAACAGACUUCUGGCCUGGGGCGAAGGAGUACGACUCAGACAGGGGGCGAAAAGUGGAAGAAAAGAUAGAAAAUGGAAAAGUGUACCAGAGAGUAGUGGGCGCGAGUUGGCCACGAUGCGAAUGGAAUCAAACCGGCUGGGUGAGGGACGGAAGUACAGAGGACAACCCGGACAGGCCUUCAUCUCCCACUAGGGAGGACUACGACGAUGGAUGGGAGUUGUUGUGGGAUCCGACGUCGUAUCGAUUCAACUUUCGAAAUCGCUUCACUGAUGAAACGUCCCCGGGCCGUCUCUCAGACAAAUACUCCCGAACGUACCUGUGGGGUAUACCACAGGAGCCUCCAGCUGUCCCACCCGCGGCAUCCAAUCCAGCGUGCAGGCCACCUCCCUUGAGUGAGAGAAAGGCGGCUCUUGCGGCUGCAUUGGUAGCCGGAUACGGGGUGCGUGUGUUCUCACAGAUCCUCAGACAUGGGAAUGACUUGAGCUUGGACUUCCCGAUUCUUUGCUACAACCAACCCUACAGACCCAAAGAAGGCAUUCUCAACUCGGUUGAAUAUUUCCAUGAAAUCCAGCUGACACCACUGGAGUGGGCGGUAGAGCACGACAGGCUCGAUCUUGUCAAUCUGUCCCUGGCUCACGGCGCCGAUGCGAACUAUACCAUCGAAUCGGCAGAGGGGCCUGCCCUAGUGAAAGCAGUGCGACGAGGCAGCCUGAAACUAGUUGAAGCGCUUGUGCAGAAAACCAACCGCGUCUCUGGAACAAGGGCACUUCUUUUAGCAGUGAAGCAGCAGCACAGCGCCAUCGUCAACACGCUGCUUGCCAACGGUGUUCAGUGCGACUUUGAGGAGUCUGACCGGCCGCUUCCCGACCGUCGAUUUUUUUCCGAUCGCGACACCACUCCUGAUCAGCCAACCCCUCUACAAGCAGAACGUUUCGCACCUCCGCUCCUCCUAGCAGUUACAUCCGGCAAUGCAGAUCUGGUGAAGGCACUGCUUGCGCACGGAGCUAAUCCCCAUGCUCCCUACCAUGGCGUCCGUGGGCUCCGUCGCGAUCAUGACGGCUCCGGUCUCAAGGUAGCGGCUAGCUUUACCUGCGGAAGGGUCAUACAGUUGGCCAUGGAGUAUUGGCAGAAUUCCGAGAUCGUCCAAUUACUCCUCGAUGCAGGCGCGGACAUCAGUCUUCACCAUCCAGUCUGGCCCGUGCCUGUCUGGCCUGUUGGGGGUCAUGUAUGUGAGCCGGUACCCAGAGCUGUAUAUCUCGAGGUUACUGCUGGCCUGGAGGCAGCGAUGGCAGAAAGAAAGAGGCAAGGGGAAUGCUGAGAAGCGGGUACAAACAAGUUUUUUAUGUCAUGCAGCAGAAGAUGAGGUGGUUGUGGCUGCACCCUCCAAAGAAGGGGGUGCCAAGAUAGGCUCAAUUGAGAAAAACAUCAUAGAACAAGAACCGAAGACCAAGCCAAAAUAGACUGCUAGAUAUAAGUGUGGACCUGACUCUUCAUUUCUGUUACCUGCUUUCUUUUGAACUCAUUAACUUAUUCUUUCUUCUUCAGCUGCUCUGAGAAUUCUGCAGAUGACAAGUUGACAACACUGCUCUCAAUUGUAAUGAUUAAUAGCAAAAAUUUUCACAUUGUAUUUUUAACUUGAACAGUCUUUGAUGAAAACUACUGACUGUUUUUCUUGAAUUAGGAAGAUAUAUUAUUUUAUUUUAUAUUUAUUUUUAUACACUUUGAGAA